AUGGAUUCAUUCUUUGAUGGUACAUUUGAUAGAGGAAUAUUUACUUUUGAGAUACUUUAUAGUAUUAGUGCUAUUGUAAUGGUCUAUCUAGCAUACAUCUAUAUUAAUUAAUCACUCUUGGCUUGCUUUAUAAUUGUUAUGAUUUGUUUUGGAUUAAAAAGAAUUUUAUCUGCAAUUUUGUGUAUCUUUUUUUAAGAAUCAAAAUCAAAAGGAUUGGCUUUGUGGAUGUUCGAUGCACUUUUACUUGGAUUCGUAUUCGGAUUGGUAGAUAUAGAACAAUUUUCAGGAAUGCAAACCUUCUAUGUUUUCUUUACUACAUUGAAAAUAAUUGGUAUAUUUUUAACGUAAAUGAUAACAUUUUUCUGUUUUAAAUUGCUUUCUGAUGAUAAUCUAAAUGAAUAUAUCAAAAUUGUGGGAUAUGUACUUUUUUUAUACUGCCUAAUUAUUUUUUCAUGCUCUAUUUCAUGGAUAAGUGGAAGUAAAUUUAAAUUUAAAUUCAUGCUUAAUAUUAUAAAUUAUUAUAUAAGUUUAACUUGCCUUACUUUGUUUGAAAAACCUUAAGGUAAUAAUAUGGCUUACUAUUAAUUGUUGAUAAUAAUAAUAAGUAUGAUUAUUAUAUACAUAAAAGAGAAAUCUUAGUUUCUUAAUGUAUUCGUAUAUAUUUUUCUAAAUGGAAUUAGUGAAGAGCUAGAUUUUGAAUUCUAUCACAUAUAUGAUUAAAUUUAAUUCAAAUAUUUUAUUUUGUUGAGAUACUUAAGCGAAGUAAUUAGGUUUGGCUUGAUACUUUUUUUUGGAUUUAAUUAUAUAAUAGAUCUAAGUUUUGAUAACUAAACAGCAGCUGAAAAAAUAAAACUAACACAUAUUCUUAUGAGUAUGAUUAUAAGUAUAGUAUUUUUUAUAGCAAAUUAUAAUAAUUUUUUGCUUUUUUUUAAAGUUAAAAAGUACCUAAUUUCUACUGAAAAAGAUAUCUAAAAAGUUGCUGAAAAAUUAAAAAUGUAAACAUUUAAGAAUUUGAUUAUAAUAGAUUUUAAAAUAUAAUAAAAAAAUAAAGAUUAAAUAUACUAAUAUCUUAUUAACCAAAGCUACAUUUAGUUAUUUUAGAAAAUUUCUGAAAUUAAGUUAGCAUAUGGAUAAUCAGUUAAUUUAGAAAUAAGAACUAAUUACAAUUUUACUGCAUAUUUUACAAAGGAACAAGAUCUCUUAAUUGAAAUAUUAAAAUCUAUAGAGUAUAUUGAGUUAAAUACAUUCUUUGAUCUCGUUAGACAAAAUAAAAUUUUUGAAAUAGUAUAGGGCAGAAUCUAAUACGGAUUUAUAUAAAAUAAAUUCACUUAAAACAUCAUUUCUAAAAUUUAAAAUUAACACUAAAGAGUUCUAGUAGAAAAAUUAUUAGUUUAAAAUUUAAUCAUUACUUCUUUUUAUAAGAAUCUUUCACAAUCUUAGAAUUUUUCAUCUCAAUAAAUACUAUAUGAUCUUUAUGAAGACUGA